ACGGCGGCCGGGAUUCGGUGCUGGAGGCGGCCGAUCAGGUUUGUUGGUUGGGGGCUGGGUGCAGCGGGAGGCCGCGGGUGAGGCCGCGGGUGAGGCCGCAGUUGCACUCUUCGCCCCGCGCGAAGGUGUCUUCUCGUCCCGACCCGCACAGCUCGGUGGUUUGCGGCCUCCUGAGGGCCGGCGAGGUACUGACCUGAGGGACGGGUCUGCCUGGGGCGGGGGGGCCCUUCUCGAGUGCCGCUCGGAAGCCGCGCGGUCACCGCCGCUCUUUGUUAAUCACUGACACCCGGGAGGUCCGUUGUCACGGAGGCCUUUGUUGGAAGCCUCUGCUUCCGUCGGGCGACGCGGGGCUGCCUGACAGCUGUGCUGACAUCCUUCACAGAACAAGGGAAGAUUGGGUACCACGUGGUGAAAGCGUUUUAAAGGAGCAGUAUCAUGGUUAUGAAAGCUUCAGUAGAAGAUGAUGAUUCAGGAUGGGAGCUUGGCAUGCCUGACAAGAUGGAAAAGAGUAAUACAGACUGGGUAGAUAUAACCCAGGAUUUUGAAGAAGCUUGUAGAGAACUAAAGUUAGGAGAAUUGCUUCAUGACAAACUUUUUGGUCUUUUUGAAGCAAUGUCUGCCAUUGAAAUGAUGGAUCCCAAGAUGGAUGCUGGUAUGAUUGGAAACCAAGUUAAUAGAAAAGUUCUGAACUUCGAGCAAGCUAUUAAGGAUGGCACCAUUAAGAUAAAGGAUCUCACUUCACCUGAGCUGAUAGGAAUAAUGGAUACGUGCUUUUGUUGUUUGAUAACAUGGUUAGAAGGACAUUCCUUGGCACAGACAGUAUUCACUUGCCUUUAUAUUCAUAAUCCAGACUUCAUAGAAGAUCCUGCUAUGAAGGCUUUUGCUCUGGGGAUCCUAAAAAUCUGUGAUAUUGCCAGAGAAAAAGUCAACAAAGCAGCUGUUUUUGAGGAGGAAGAUUUCCAAUCAAUGACAUAUGGAUUUAAAAUGGCCAACAGCGUGACAGACCUCAGAGUUACAGGUAUGCUAAAAGAUGUAGAAGAUGACAUGCAAAGACGAGUGAAGAGCACUCGAAGUCGGCAAGGAGAAGAGAGAGAUCCUGAAGUUGAACUUGAACAUCAACAGUGUUUAGCUGUAUUCAGCAGAGUAAAGUUUACCCGGGUACUACUGACUGUUCUAAUAGCCUUUACCAAAAAAGAGACAAGUGCAGUUGCAGAAGCUCAGAAAUUGAUGACUCAGGCAGCUGACUUGCUGUCUGCUAUCCAUAAUUCAUUGCAUCAUGGUAUACAGGCACAGAAUGAUACCACUAAGGGAGACCACCCUAUUAUGAUGGGCUUUGAACCUCUUGUUAAUCAGAGGUUGCUGCCUCCAACUUUCCCUCGGUAUGCAAAAAUAAUUAAAAGGGAAGAAAUGGUCAAUUAUUUUUCCAAACUAAUAGACCGAAUAAAAACUGUAUGUGAAGUGGUAAACUUAACUAAUUUGCACUGUAUAUUGGAUUUUUUCUGUGAAUUUAGUGAGCAAUCACCAUGUGUUCUUUCAAGAUCUCUGUUACAGACUACUUUUCUGGUAGAUAAUAAGAAGGUGUUUGGUACUCACCUCAUGCAAGAUAUGGUGAAAGAUGCUUUAAGAUCUUUUGUCAGUCCUCCAGUACUUUCUCCAAAAUGUUGUCUUUAUAACAAUCACCAGGCUAAGGACUACAUUGAUUCCUUUGUGACACAUUGUGUUCGGCCAUUCUGUAGCCUGAUUCAAAUUCAUGGACACAACAGAGCUCGUCAGAGAGAUAAACUGGGUCACAUUCUAGAGGAGUUUGCCACCCUUCAGGAUGAGGCAGAGAAAGUAGAUGCAGCACUUCAUAGUAUGUUACUGAAGCAGGAACCACAAAGACAACAUUUGGCAUGCUUGGGCACCUGGGUCUUAUAUCAUAACCUCCGUAUUAUGAUACAGUAUCUUCUGAGUGGGUUUGAGUUGGAACUUUACAGUAUGCAUGAAUAUUACUAUAUAUAUUGGUACCUAUCAGAGUUCCUCUAUGCUUGGUUGAUGUCAACGCUGAGCCGUGCUGACAGCUCUCAAAUGGCAGAAGAGAGAAUAAUGGAAGAACAACAGAAGGGCCGUAGUAGCAAGAAAACCAAGAAAAAGAAGAAAGUUCGCCCUCUGAGCAGAGAGAUCACUAUGAGCCAGGCAUACCAAAAUAUGUGUGCUGGGAUGUACAAGACAAUGAUUGCAUUUGACAUGGAUGGCAAAGUAAGAAAACCGAAAUUUGAAUUGGAUAGUGAACAAGUGCGGUAUGAGCACAGGUUUGCUCCAUUCAACAGUGUUAUAACACCACCCCCAGUGCACUACCUGCAGUUUAAAGAAAUGUCUGAUUUAAAUAAGUACAGCCCCCCUCCUCAAUCAGCAGAUCUCUACAUGGCAGCUAGCAAACACUUCCAGCAAGCUAAAAUGAUUCUUGAGAAUAUUCCUAAUCCAGACCAUGAGGUCAAUCGAAUUCUAAAAGUUGCUAAACCCAAUAUUGUGGUCAUGAAGCUUCUGGCAGGAGGUCACAAAAAAGACUCUAAGGUUCCUCCAGAAUUUGACUUCUCUCCUCAUAAAUAUUUUCCAGUUGUGAAGCUUGUUUGAAAGAUUAGACUGUUGUUAGGAUAAUCGGGUACCAGUGGUAAGGAUGGAAUAUCUAGUAAUGUACCAGCUGAGGGGGAUUGCUAGGAUAAAAGUACUGAUUUAUGGAAUAUCUCUAGCCUGCCUUCUUUAUAUGAACUGAAUGACAACUGCUGUUUUAAAGUGGUGUUUUAUAAUGUUUAUCAGGUGAAGCUGAUUUUAAUCAACUGUAUUGUUGAAAAAUGUUGUACCUUCUUUGAUUUAAGUAAAGAUUUAAUCAAAAAUCACUUGUAUGAAUGAGCCUUGACAGAAAAUGGUGUAUAAACACUCAUUGCUGAAUAAAAAUAAUGCUUUCAGCAA